AUGUCUUGCUCCAGAUCCUAUAAACACGCCAUGGCCCCCCUUGUUCUCAUAACCGGUGCUACCGGCCUCAUUGGCUUCCGGGUGCUCUUGGAAGCACUUAGAAAUGGAUACAACGUGCGCUUCACGGCCCGCUCUUGCGAAAAAGCUGAGAAAGUCACAUCCAACCCUGUCGUGCAAGCCCUCAGUCCUGGCGACCGACUUUCUCCCAUCAUCAUGCCCGAUACAACAGUAGACAGCGCCUUCGACGACGCCCUAGAAGACGUUACAUACGUGAUCCACGUGGGCUCCCCAGUCCCAGUCCCCGGAUUCGACCCAGUCACACAAGUAUGGGAGCCCACAACUAAAGGCGUUUCCAAUCUUCUCUCGUCAGCAAUAAAAGUCACAAGCAUCAAGCGGAUCAUAAUCACAUCUUCAAUUGUCGGAAACAUGCCUCCAAUCCCUGAUCCAUUCACCACAGUCACUGCCUCGUCAAGAGUCCAUUUACUCGGUCCUCCUCCAACAAGCUUUUCCAAUCUCUUCGAAGCAUACGCUUUAGCCAAAAUCACCGAAGCGAAUGACACAGACGCAUUCGUCGAAAAGAACAAACCCCAUUUUAGCGUGGCACACAUCAUGCCCGGCUAUGUCUUCGGACGGAACGAGUUGGCUCUUACUGCGGACGAGGUCCUUCAUAAUAAUAGCUCAAACAUGUACCUGAUGACCUGUAUAACGGGCAAAGAGGUUACAUUUCCGUUGCACGGUGGCUAUGUCCAUAUUGAUGAUUUGGCGGAUGUUCAUUUGAAGGUACUACGUCUUGAGCCCGGACCGGGCACUCCUAGAAAUUUCGGUGCUUGUACCAACAUUGAUUACUCGGCUAUCUUUGAUUACAUCGAGAAGGCCUUUCCCAAGGCUGUGGCGGAUGGGACAUUUAGGCGUGGAAAUCUGCAUACUUUGCCUAUUUCGUAUGAUUCGAGUGAGACGGAGAAGGUGUUGGGCAUAAAGUUCCGGCCGUUCGAGUAUGCUGUCGUGGAUGCCGCGAGACAGUAUCUGGAGAAGCUGGGGAAGGAAUUGGCAUGA